GUGACCAGGCUGCACACACAGCGGCUGGUGCUAGUCCGAGCCCUAAAGCCAAGCAUUUGGUUUCCGGUUCCGGGAGUAAGCAACCGCCGCAGAGGCGACAACUACUGUUUUGGAAGAGGCAGUGGUGGAGGAGGAAGAGAGGAAGAGUGGAACGGGCGAGUCGCUCUAGUGGGAUCCUUCUCAUGGGUCCACGGGCCUAGAGCGGAGGAAGCUGCGGGCCUGGUGUCAAGCUGGCUUCUGUUCUGUCCCUGAAGCAUCUAUGGCUGAGUCCUGGCAGGACUGCCCAGCCCUGGGCCCUGGCUGGAAACGCCGAGAGUCCUUUCGAAAGUCAGGGGCCUCUUUUGGACGCUCAGACAUCUAUUACCAGAGCCCCACAGGAGAAAAGAUCCGAAGCAAAGUUGAGCUGACUCGGUACUUGGGCCCUGCAUGUGAUCUUACCCUGUUUGACUUCAGACAAGGCACCUUAUGCCAUCCCAUUCCCAAGACCCAUCCCUUGGCUGUCCCCAGCAAGAAGAAAAAGAAGCCUUCUAAGCCAGCCAAGACUAAGAAACAGCAGGGUGGGCUGCAGCGAAGUGAGGUCAGGAGAGAGGCUCCACAGAGGGAACAUAAGGCCCCUACUGCCACAGCUCUAGCUUCAUUAUCUGUGUCUGCAUCGGCGUCUUCGUCUGCACCUGUGUCUGCACCUGCGUCUUUGUCUGCACAUGCACCUGUGUGCUGUGAGAAUUGUGGAAUCCACUUUUCAUGGGAUGGUAUCAAAAGGCAGAGACUCAGGACACUGUGCAAAGACUGCCGAGCACAGAGAAUCGCCUUCAACCGCGAACAGAGAAUGUUUAAGCGAGUUGGCUGUGGGGACUGCGCAGCUUGCCUGGUGAAAGAGGACUGUGGGGUGUGCUCCACCUGUUGCCUGCAGCUGCCCAGUGAUGUGGCCUCAGGGCUUAACUGCAAGUGUGAGCGGAGACGCUGCCUACGGAUUAUGGAGAAGAGCCAAGGGUGUGGCGUGUGUCGGGGUUGUCAGACCCAAGAGGACUGUGGCCAUUGCCGCAUCUGCCUUCGCUCUCCCCGCCCUGGUCUCAAGCGCCAGUGGAGGUGUUUGCAACGGCGCUGUUUUUGGGGUAAACGUGAUUCUAGUAAGAGAGGCUCGAAGGUAGCGUCUCAGCGUCACUCCCAAGCCCUGCCACUUCCUCCACAUCCUGCAUCACAGUACACAGAGCCCACAGAGCUGCACAUCAGCGACAUAGCACCCACAUCACCUGCUGAGUUCAUCUAUUACUGUGCAGACGAGGACGAGCUACAGCCCUACACGAACCAGCGGCAGAACCGCAAGUGUGGGGCCUGUGCAGCCUGCCUACGGCGGAUGGACUGUGGCCGCUGCGACUUCUGCUGCGACAAGCCCAAAUUCGGGGGUGGCAACCAGAAGCGCCAGAAGUGUCGUUGGCGCCAGUGCCUGCAGUUUGCCAUGAAGCGGCUGCUGCCCAGUGCUGGGUCAGGGUCUGGGGAGGGAGCAGGAUUGCAUCCACGUCGGGCCCAUCAGACCCAUCAAAAGAGGCCUGCUUCUGCUCGACAACUCCAACUGAGCUCUCCCUUAAAGGCCCCUUGGGCUGUGGUAACAGCGCCACCAGGCCCUGUCCAAGGUUUAAGAAAGCAGCAAGCAGGUAGAGGUUCUGUACUGCCCCAACCUGACACAGACUUUGUGUUUUUACAAGAGGGUACCAGCAGUGUCGUGCAGAUGCCUGGCACUGCUGCAGCUUCCACAGAAGUCCCAGUACAGGAGGCCCAGUGCUCUGCCCCGAGCUGGGCUGUGGCCUUACCACAGGUGAAGCAAGAGACGGCGGAUGCUCCAGAGGAGUGGACAGCAGUCACGACCUUCCUUACUUCCUCCACGUUGCAGUCUGGCUUCCCUAGCAAGGUUUGGGCAGUAAUAGGUGUGCUGUUGGUGCCACACAGGUGGUCUGUAAACAAGAGGAUAGUCAGCCAUGGUAGUGGCACGAUGAUAGAGUGAUAGGUGUGCUGUUUAUGACCAUUCUGUUGAAUUAGCCAGCAUAUCUAGCAGAUGCCAUAUUCUCUAUAGGCAACUAAUUUUGCCUAGCUCACAGGAGACUGGAGAUGGUUGAGGUAUGGGAAAGGCUCACAGGCAGGGAGGUGGCAUUUCUUAUUGAUGAAAGCUAGGUCUGUUUGCAUAAUGGCCUAGCUGAUAAAAAAAAAAAAAAAACAACAAAAACCAACCAAAA